AUGACGAUCGACACCCACCAGCUCGUUCGAGGACCAACACGAGGCGACAAGCAAGGCACCCAAGAGGAUCGACCCUUGGGAACCGAGGAAGAAGUUAGCCAGUCGCACUCGAGGCACCGAAGAUGCCGGCACGGGACUCCAACCCUGAGAGCAGAGGAUGUCGAGAAGCUAGUAAAUGACCAACUCCGAGGUCUCCGACUUAAAGGAAGCACGGAGGAGGCCAUGUGCAAGGAAAUUGAUCGAGUUGACUGCUCCCCCUUUACCGACGAGGUGGAACGAGCUCCGCAUUUGAAACGGUUUACAACGCCAUCCAUCACUCCAUUCAAGGGGGGCUCUAACCCUGAGAGCCAUUUGAGGCACUUCAAGAGCGCCAUGAUCCUGUAUAAGGCAAACGAUGCCCUGAUGUGCAAAGUGUUCGCAAUGACUCUGCGAGGUGCAGCUCAGGAUUGGUUCCACACUCUACCAUCCGCGUCGAUAGGCAACUUCAAGGAGUUCGCCAUCAUUUUCACAAAGGAGUAUACCUCCUACAAGACGGUCAGAAAGCAUGCGGACCACCUGUUCAACCUGCGCAAGAAGCCAGACGAGUCUCUACGAGACUACCUGAGACGGUUUAAGGCUGAGAAGGCUAACAUCAUAGGAUGCAAUGACCAAGUUGAAUCCUCAGCUUUCAAGAAGGGCUUGCCAACUGAGCACAAGCUAUACCGGAAGCUGGCCAUAACUCCAAGUCAAACCUUAGCGGAAGUGUUCGCGACGGCAGAGCACUACGCACUUUGA